AUGUCCGAACGCAAAGUCCUAACCAAAUACUACCCCCCGGAUUUCGACCCCUCCCUCGUCGGCCGCUCGCGGCAACCCAAGCAAACCGGCCCCAAAGUCCAAACCGUCCGCCUCAUGGCCCCCUUUUCCCUGCGCUGCUCCACCUGCGGCGAAUACAUGUACAAAGGGCGCAAGUUCAACGCGCGCAAGGAAACUCCCGUCGACGAGCGCUACCUCGGCAUCCAGAUCUACCGCUUCUACAUCCGAUGCACGCGCUGUAGUGCCGAGAUCCCGUGGCGCCGCGGGUUGGAAGGGGAACUGGAGGAGACGGAUGAGCAGAGACUGGACCGGAUCGAGAGGGAGAUGGCGGAUGAGAAUGGGGAGAUUGCGCAAGCGGAGGAGAGGAAUGCGAUGGCGGAACUGGAGCAAAAGACGGCUGACGCCAAAAGGGAGAUGGCGGUCGCGGAUGCGUUGGAUGAGAUUCGGAGUCGGAAUGCGAGACUGGAGAAGGCGCAAAGGGAAGGUGGGGUGGAUAUUGAGAGUCUACUUGGUGGGAGGGGAUUGAGCGAGGAGGAGGAGAGGAGGAGGAGAGAGGAGGAGGAGGAUGCAGAAGCGGCUAGGAAGGCAUUUGAGUUUGCGAGGUUGCAGCAAAAGCUGGAGGAAACGCCGGCCGAGGAGGAGGUGCUGGGUCUGCCGAGUAUCCCUGGGGCGGCGGCAAAUGGGGAGGGCUCGUCCGGUUCUUCGCCUAGUGCUGGUGUUGGGCCUUCGUCUGCUUCGUCAACGGCAGCGACGGCGACAGCGGUGACAGCCUCGAACCCGGCAUCAGCCGCUGCGACCGACAUGCCCCCUCCCAGUUUCAAGCGCCAGGUCAAGAAAAAGAAGGACCACUCGGCCUUGCUUGGUAUCAAGAAGAAGCAACCCCUGGUCUGAGGAAACAAACCGGGCGGGAAGUCAAGAUACCUUGGUUCGAAAAUUUUCACCAUCAGUACGUCAGGGUGUGGAGAGGCAUCAUGGAUCUCAUGAUGGAGAUUGCCGAAUGCAGAUUGUCGAAUGCCACGAGGAGCGGUCCGCAAUGGCCAUUCUUUCAGCCUUCUAGUGUACAUCGCAGCAAACAUGAUCGACGUGGUAGAUGGAUGGAUGUUGAUACCCAGUGAGUUUACUUCUAGUCAAUACAGCCAAUUGAUAACC